CUCAUCAUCAAGCUCCCAUAUCCAUCCCGGUACCAACACAACACUUUCAUCCCAUUCUUUCAUCUUCUCCAAGAAAUCAAGCGAUGAUGCAGAAUCAUAAGGCAGGCUCUCCAUUGGCGCCGGCCAAUGGGUAUUAUGGCCGAAGCGAUGCAGAGGCCGACACGGCUUUUUCCGACGACGAGCUCCGCCGCCAGAAGCGGAAGAAGUGGAUACUGUAUAUCAUAGCCUUUGUGAUCUUUCAGACGGCUGUUAUCGCCUUGUUUUCAAUGACGGUGAUGAAAUUCAGAACCCCCAAGUUUCGGAUCCUAUCCGCGACGUUUCCUACCUUUGAUGUUCAAACAUCGAAUCCUUCCUUCAAUUUGAAGAUGAAUGCCACACUCGGCGUGAAGAACACCAACUUCGGCCCUUACAAGUUCGACAACACCACCAUCUUGUUCUACUAUAACGGCACCCAGGUCGGCAUCGCCACGGUCCGGAAGUCCAAGGCCAAUUUCCGAUCGACAAAGAAGCUGGAAGUUGCUGUGGAUUUGGCCACGCUGGCCAACGGUGCGAACAGUCAACAACUGGCCAGCGAUUUGAGCUCAGGGAUCCUGCCUCUGACCAGCACGGCGGAGAUGAAGGGGAAGGUGACGAUCAUGUUCAUGUUCAAAAAGAAGAAAUCCACAAAGUUGGAUUGCUCCAUGGAAGUCAACACCAAAACAAAGGCGCUGCAGAACGUGAAAUGCAAGUGAUUAAGAUUAAACGCUGAAAGGUUGUGCUUAUGCUCAUGCCCAUAUACAUUCAGAUUUAUGUAUUUAUAUUAUAAUAAUUUGAUGGUAUUGUUUAAUGCUUCUGUUCAUAUUAGAAUAGAUUUCCAUUCAUGACAUGUGUUCAUUCAGAUAAUUGACAAUUUGAUGGUAUUUGUGAUUA